AGCAUUAUUAUCGCUCAAAACCUAUCCGAUUUUCUUAAAUCAUUUUCUCAAAAAAACAACAACCAAUAAAAUAUUAAACCAUUGGCAAAUGAGGAAAGUUUCUUAUAGGAGAGAUACCAUUUCUCAUUUCUUUAUAUUUUUACAUUUUCAAUUAUUUAAUCUCUAGAAACUUUAUUAUAUACUGACACUAAAAUGGUUUAAGGGUAUUUUCAUUCAAAUAAUAUAGAAAGAGUAUUUUUUGUUACAUUUCAAAAUAUUAUGUUUAUAAUUUACAAAUCUAUAAAAUAUUAACACAUCAAGGAUUUGGUGUUGUAGACACAUAAAUAGUGGUAGCAUAGUAGUAAAAAAAGAAUUUAGGAUAAAAUACAUAUUCGUUGAUUCUAGAUUUCAUUUCUGUUUAAAACUAAAUUCCAUUUGAUUAGUCAUACAAAAUUAAACUUUAGUUACCUAAUAAAGAAAAGCAUAUUCAAAUUUCUAGUCGAUUUGGACCUUUAGAGAAAUAGUUGGGUCUCGGUCAUACCUUUUAACUUUGUUUGACUCAUUUAAAAAAACAAGUUUGAAUUACUAGUCGGUUUCGACUUUUAGAGAAUUACUUGGGUUUCGGCCCAUACUAUUUCGAAACUUUGCUUGUCUCAUUUAGAAAAACAAGUUAGAAUUCUUAGUCGGCUGGAUCUUGGCCCAGACAUCUACAAGUAUAUAAAAAAUUCAUAUCUAGGUUUAAGAAAAAAAGACAUUAGAUUUAAGAGUCAAAAGAAUCAAACAGUGAGAGGCGGAGUUGAAAACAAUGAUGAAAAGGGUCAAGAGGUCUAAGAAACGAGACGAAAGGAAUGUAAAGGAUCCGUUUAAGAAGCUUCCUAAUGACCUGAACGUAGAGAUUCUCAUGAAAAUGCCGCCGAGAUCCAUAGCCAGGCUCCGUUUCGCUUCUAAACACUUGUCAUCGAUAAUCCUUGACAAAGAGUUCACCAAGUUGUACAUGACUCGAUCUUCGACUCAGCCGCGUCAUCUUAUCUCAGUACACCGUGGCGGCAGCAACAUGCAGAUGCAGGGCUUUCACUCCUUGUCUCAAGACCAUGCGUCGUUUUCGAACCAUGACAAGGUUAGCUAUAAACUAGAUCCGAAUCUACCGUAUGAAUUUACUCCACCUGUUCGCGGCUUGAUCUGCGGUCGGAAGGGUACCAAGAUGAUUGUCGGAAACCCUAGCACGGGUCAGUUCGUAUCGUUACCUAAAGUCAAAACAAGGAGGCAAGAAAUAUUAUCUGUUUUUGGAUAUGAUCCAGUUAAUGAUGUGUACAAAGUGUUGUGCAUGACGGUGGUAACUAAACGUAGUAACAUGUCUCGUGGUGGUGGUGAUGUUGUGCCAUGGGAGGAUAUUAUGUCGGAGGAGCAUCAGGUGAUCACUGUAGGAGCUAAACAAAAAUGGAGAAUGGUCGAGUGUAAGCAUCCACAUCGUCAUUAUUCUGGACAUCAAGGGAUAUGCAGGGAUGGGGUUAUGUAUUAUUUAGCGUCUUACAAACAAAAACGAUCUCUAAUGAGCUUUGAUCUGAGUUCUGAAGACUUUAAUGUUACUAAGCUACCUGAGGAUCAGAUGCUUCAACAGUAUGGUUCUCUGACGAAUCACACUGGAAAGAUAACCAUAUCAAGUCAUGCAUAUAACAGCAACCUUGACCUAUGGGUUCUGGAAGAUGCCAACAAAGAAGUAUGGACAAAAGUUGCUGCUGUGAUUCCUCCUGUCUCAGAUUUACUUGGAUGGUUGCAUACGAUCCUGUUCAGGUUCUGGGGUAUACUUCGUACUGGGGAGAUGAUAUUCGCACCGCUUUUAUCCCGUAACCCUUUCUUUUUUAUUUGUUACGAUCCCAAGGACAAAAAGGUCAGAGAAAUUGCGAUUAAUGGAAUUGGAGAUGACUCUGAUACUAUCCAAGUAUUUUUCGAUCAUGUAGAGAGUUGUAUGAUUCUGUGAAAGGUAUGUUAAUCAUUAUUACUGUAAUUGUGAUAAAACAAUGUAUUCAGUCUUUUCGUCAAUUACUUUGGAUAUGCUUGUGGAUUA